AUGGCCACCUCACCACGAAGAGCCACGGCGGCCGAGCGACCCAGUCUCAACACUAUCAAGUCCUUCUCACGCAUGGAUGAGACAGCCAUGUCCCCGCGAAGACGAGCCAACACUCUGCAAGAUCAAGGCAUACCAGCUCUGUCACCAGCACGCUAUGAGGGCAGCUCGCCAGAGAUGGUUGGAAAGAAGCCUGUCGCAGACGUAUUCGAGAAUCAGGACGAUGACGAGGAACAGCAGGCAGAGACAGAUACCCCUGGCCUACAGCUGCCAAAUGCCUUCGAUGAGUUGCCGGUAGAGAUCCGAAGCUUGACGCAGCGAUUCAUCGAAAGCCUGUCGGCGAAAGUACAUCCAACGCCGCUCACCGCGGACGCUCUGUCGAAUCUGUUCCAGGACUUCUACGAACGGGCUGCUGCUUCUAUCGCGACGCACAUAGCUUCGUUAUCCUCUCGCAUCGGGCGCGAGAAGUCUCCAGCGCCGUCGAACAGCUCCAAGGCUUCAAUGAAAGGACGAGCACGGGCUGGGUCUGGCGCCAAACGGACGGAAAGUUCGCCCAGUAACAGCGGAGGAGAAAUGCUCACAGCUUCUGAGGUGGCACACAGAAGAAAAGCGAGGAGAUUAUUGGACCUGAAGAGACUGGCAUUGGAGGAGGCGGUGGAGAAGUCGGUAAGUUCAGACGACGAUGCUAGAGAUGGCAAGCUCCGUUCAAGGACAGCUGCCCUCGCGUUGGUGGGCAUUGGUUUGAAGGAGCUACAUGUCGAUUCUCCGACCAACCAAGAAGUCCGCAAGGCCACCGAGGAGAAAGAGGAUGAAAUUCAUCGCUCGUUGGCUCCUGCGAGAGAAGCUCUGCAACGCAUGGACGACGACCACUAUCCGCUUGGAAAGCUCCAGCAUUUGACUGACGCACAUAAGAGCAUCGUCGAGACGCUGUCGCAGCUGUUCCCAUCAUCUUCAUCAGCAGACGAGAUUCUGCCGACCCUGAUCUACACGCUCAUUACCUCACCACCAGAAGGCAUUAACGUCGUCAGCAACCUAAACUUCAUUCAGCGGUUCCGAACUGCCAGCAAAGUGGACGGCGAAGCUGCGUACUGCCUUGUGAAUCUGGAAGCCGCCAUCUCGUUCUUAGAGACGGUCGAUCUGUCUUCUCUGCGCGCUGAUGAACUACCUGAAGGCCCACCAAAGUCAGGUUCAAAUCCUUCUACACCGACAGCGGAGAAGACGAUCGCAUUCCCAGACCGCACAGUCCCCACCAAAGCUGCCGACACCGGAGUAUCACAGGUCACAGUCGAGUCAUCCGACAAGAGCAGCAGCCCAAACCAAGCGGUCAAGGCUCUGCCCUCUGCACCACGAACUCCUACGGGCAACGCCGCGCUCGCACAGCAGCAGCGGCGCAUAUCUGCUCUAGUCAAAGCACAGACUGACCGCAUCGAGGCUGGAAGGGACAAUAUUCUCGACACUGCCGACAAGAUCUACGAUUCGGUUCAUGGUUCACUGGAGAAUAGUCUACAAUUCGUGUUUGGCCGGUUCAAGGACCGCACUGCUGGAGACUCGCCACUACCUAAGACUUUGGAAGAUGCGAGGAAGCUUGUCAGCUCGCCACACCCGGGCGACGAGGAUGACAGCCUCAACCUCAGCGGACGCAGCAGCCCGGCGAUCGACGGCCCUUUGAAUCCCCGAAACGAUGCAAAGAUGCUUGAUCUAUUAGGCGGCAAGAGACAGCUGCGAGACAGAAGCGCCGAUAGUGCUCGUUCGGGUGGCAGCUUCAAGCAAGUCGCUUGGGCGGCGAAGCAGAAGGAGGAGCCACAGACACCAUCGGCAAAUCUCCUGGCCACCAUCAACACUAUCAAUCCUCUGAACCGCUUCAACGUGCCUGGCUUUGGUCGCUUUGGACGGACGGGAAGCCUUCCGACGCCCUCACCUGCUCAACCAUCGCCAGCGACAGAGAAGCCGGACAGGUUGGCGAAUAUAGUCGAGUCUCCAGCUGGUGCGCGGGCCAAUGUCAGCGACACGGCUUUGCUGGAGACCCAGCAGGAUAGGGACGGCGAUGGCGACGACCUCAACGCGAGGGAAGCGCUCGCUGAGCUACGGAAGCUCAAACCACCACGGAAGCGAUUUCUGGAGGUGCAGAGCGCGGGCGAGCUGAAGAUCGCGGAGGUGGACGAGCUGCUGCAGGAAUACCGGCGGCUGGCCAAGGCCAUCGGGGAGGCCAUAGCGACGUAG